UUCCUCCAGCAUGUACUGUCUCCAGCUCCUGUUCAAGGCCAGCACCGGCACCCUGCUCCUGGUUCUCUGUCUGCAGCUGGGGACCAGCAAAGCUGAGGAAGACACAUCCAGGAGGGCAAUAAUAAUGAAUGUACAAGUGCCCCAGAAAGCACGAGCAAAUGACGAGGUCACCUUGCGUCUUAACCUUCGAACAGAAUUGCAUGAAUGUUUGGUGUGUAAAAGUUAUCUCAGAAGCAACGUCACCAUAGAUGGUUCAUUUAACUAUGCAUACACUUCCUGCCUCUGUGAAGAUAAUGAGAAAAACCAUUACUGGGACUUUCGGCCUAACAGAAGUAUGGCAAUUGUAGCAGUGGUUGACGUCAUUCGGGAACUAAAUAUCUGCCCUGGUGAUGCAGCGGUGAUCCCCAUCAGAGCAAACCGGUAUUUUUACUCUACUAAUCUAGCUGUACAAUAA